AUGUAUCACAAAUUUCCGAUCUACGGCGACAUUUCCAGGGCUCUGAGUUCCAAGAUGAAGAUUCUGAUAACAGUCGUCCUUAGUUGCUUAAUAAUUUGGUCUGUAAUGUUACUAUCAUCCUCAAACAACUUCAACAACCAAGUUCUUGAUGCUACAACCAACGAUUCAAAGCAAUCCGAAACACCGGUGGAUAAACUGAUCGGAGGGCUUUUAACGGCGGAUUUCGAUGAAGGUUCUUGCUUAAGUAGGUAUCAAAAGUCUUCCUUGAAUCGCAAGACUUCCCCAUACAAGCCUUCAACAUAUCUCGUCUCUAAGCUUAGAAGCUAUGAGAUGCUUCACAAGCGUUGCGGUCCAGGCACAGAAGCUUACAAGAAAGCAACAGAUGAUCUUGUUCUUGAUGAGAGCUAUGCAAGAAACUCUUUACAUGAAUGCAGAUACAUUGUGUGGAUGGAAGGUUACGGGCUUGGAAACCAAAUACUUACUCUUGCUUCUGUCUUCCUCUACGCUCUCUUGACAGAGAGGAUCAUUCUUGUUGACCAAAGAAAGGACAUAACUGAUCUCUUCUGCGAGCCAUUUCCAGGUACUUCAUGGUGGCUUCCUCUCGACUUCCCAUUGAUGAAACAGAUUGGUGGCUACAAGAAGGAAUCAUCUCGUUGUUACGGAACAAUGUUGAACAACCAUACCAUCAACUCCACUUCAAUCCCGCAGCAUCUGUACCUUCAUAACGUCCAUGAUUCAAGAGAUGAAGAUAAGAUGUUCUUCUGCCAAAGAGAUCAAACCUUGAUCGACAAGGUUCCUUGGUUGAUUAUUAAACCUAAUGUUUACUUUGCUCCAUCUCUAUGGCUUAAUCCAAAUUUCUAUACCGUGCUAGUCAAGCUAUUCCCGCAGAAAGAAACCGUCUUUCACCAUUUGGCUAGGUAUCUUUUUCACCCUACAAACCAAGUUUGGGGUAUGGUCACAAGAUACUACCAUGCUCACUUAUCAAAAGCAGAGGAGACACUCGGGAUUCAAAUUAGGGUUUUCGACAAGAAUCCUGGAUAUUAUCAACACGUUAUGGACCAGGUCGUAUCAUGUACACAAAGAGAGAAACUCUUGCCUGAGUUAGCUACACAAGAAGAAGAAGAAGAAGAAUUAAGACUCAAUACAACGAAAGGCGAGAAACUUAAAGCUGUUCUUGUCACAUCUCUCUAUCCAGAGUACUCUGAGAACUUAAAGAACAUGUUUUGGGAGAGACCAAGUUCGACAGGAGAGAUCGUUGAAGUUUCUCAGCCAAGUGGAGAAAGAGUUCAGCAGACAGAAAACAAGCUUCACGACCAAAAGGCUCUUGCUGAGAUCUAUCUUCUGAGCUUGACCGAUAACAUUGUCACAAGCGCAAGGUCUACGUUUGGAUAUGUUGCUUAUAGUCUUGGAGGGUUGAAGCCAUGGUUGCUUUAUCAGCCAUCGAGUGCCACAGCUCCUGAUCCGCCGUGUGUUCGGUCCAAGUCGAUGGAGCCUUGUUACCUUACUCCUCCGUCUCAUGGAUGUGAUGCAGAUUGGAGGACGAACUCCGGGAAGAUUGUUCCUUUUGUUAGGCAUUGUGAGGAUAUUAUCUAUGGAGGGCUUAAGAUUUUUGAUGAGUUAUAG